AUCCUAUUAACACUCGCCUGGACGCCAAAACCAUAGCCAUCAUCCUACGCCACGCCCAGCCAAAGAUCUUAUUCAUUGACCAUGAGUUUGCUCCUUUGACCCAAGAAGUCCUCCAUCUCCUACCGUUUGACGACCCAAUACCUAAGCCACUAAUCAUAUUCAUUAAUGAUAUGGAUUCCACUACAAAACAUUCCCCUGGGGAGUUGGAGUACGAGGGUCUCAUCCGUACAGGAGACCCUUCGCCAUCCAUGUCCACAAGUACGUUCUGUGUCCGCAAUGAGCAUGACCCUAUUUCUUUGAACUACACGUCUGGUACAACAGCCGACCCAAAAGGUGUGGUGGUUAGCCACCGAGGGGCGUACUUGAGCGCUUUGAGCACGAUUAUGGACUGGGAGAUGGGGAUUUCACCGGUCUACCUCUGGACCUUGCCAAUGUUUCAUGCCAAUGGAUGGUCGCACACAUGGUCUGUGGCUGCGCGUGGAGGCACCAAUGUAUGCUUAAGGCACGUGACUGCCCCAGAGAUCUAUAAGAACAUAAGUUCUCAUGGCGUUACGCACAUGUCUUGUGUCCCUACAGUCUUGAGAUUUCUUAUAGAAGGACAGCAGAGUGACCGGUCACACAGCUCACGGCCUGUUCACAUUUUGACCGGAGGUUCUUCCCCACCCACUGCACUUCUUAAGAAGGUAGAGCAGUUAGGGUUUCGAAUAAUGCAUGGCUAUGGGCUUACGGAGACCAGCGGACCCGUUCUCUUUUGUGAGUGGCAAGACGAAUGGAACAGACUACCAGAGCAUCGACAGAUGCAGCUGAAAGCAAGGCAAGGGAUAAGAAACAUAACGCUAGCAGACGUUGACGUAAAGAACACGACAACUCAGGAGAGUGUCCCACGCGACGGGAAGACAACAGGAGAGAUCCUCAUCAAAGGAAACAGUGUAAUGAAAGGCUAUCUAAAGAACCCUAAAGCAACAUCUGAAGCGUUUAAAGACGGAUGGUUCAACACUGGAGAUAUAGGUGUGAUUCAUCCUGAUGGGCACUUAGAGAUCAAAGAUCGAUCCAAAGACAUCAUCAUCUCGGGAGGUGAGAACAUCAGCAGUAUAGAGGUCGAGAAAGUCCUUUACGAGAAUCAGAAAGUGGUGGAGGCUGCUGUGGUGGCCAUGCCUCACCCUCUUUGGGGUGAAACUCCCUGUGCAUUUAUUGUUCUAAAAGUUGUUGAGACUAGACAAGGACCCCGUGAAGAGGAAUUCGUGACCAGCGAAAGAGACUUGAUUGCAUAUUGCCGUGAUAGUAUGCCACAUUUUAUGUGUCCAAGGAAGGUUGUGUUCCUUCAAGAGCUGCCAAAGAACAGCAACGGAAAGAUCCUCAAGUCUAAACUGAGAGACAUCGCUAAGGCUUUUGUAGUCGAUGAGGACGGUGUGGGUUCCAAGAAAGUUCAACGACGCGGUGUUGAUCAUGUUAGUUCUAGGCUUUAAAGCCAUAUCCAUCCAUGUAUUUCUCUUCUCUUUGUUUCAGUAUUUGUGCUUUGGUAGACAGAUCCAGAUCGCUACCAAAAAUACCUUAAUUAUAUUUACAUCACAACAUAUAUCAUAUCAUGUUUUUAAGUCCUAAAGAGAAUAAUACUAUUUUAUUAAAUAU